UUUUUUUUCUUUUUGGUGUGUUAAAUGCAUGGGUUUCAACCUAUGUUUCUCCCUCCCCAUCAACCUAAGACAUAUCCUCUAGCUACCACUUCAAUGGGGAUGACCUCUUCUCUCCUCUGUGAGACUGUAUCACAGAUACAUCCCAGCUCUGCUUUGACACUGGCCUCCUAAUAGGUCUCUACACAUUUUACUGCUGGCUCAGCCUAUUCAUAACUGGGGUUGGGGGGAGGAUAGAAUUUGGGGAUAAGAGUGGGGUUUGGCUGCAUCAACUUGCAUCUCCAGUCAUGAAUAGCAGAGAAGAGGCGGGGCUCAUGUGUAAUAUAGCAUCAGGGGCAGGGGUUGCUUAUGUAACUAGGACAGCAGAUUUAGCAGGAGGAGAGGAGGCAGAGGCUUUGGAUGGGAACAGUGAGCUGUCGGCAGGGGCAACAUGCCCCGGUGGCUACUUCUCAUAAGCAGGGUGACAGCAUCCGGGGUCCCUGGGUCCGAGGCUGGAAGAGCCUCUGGUCAGGUGUGGGGACUACCAGGUCAGGUGUGGAAGAGCUGUGGGGACUACGGGGGCAUCAGUACCUACACCAGGAGUCCUUGGAACCGGCCCCUUUGCUAACAGAGAAGCCUCUGUCUGAGUGGCCAGUGCCUCAGUUCGUCAACCUUUUUCUGCCGGAAUUUCCCAUUAGGCCCCUCAGGGGGCAUCACCAGCUGAAGAUUUUAGGCCUUGUAGCUAAAGGCUCCUUCGGAACAGUCCUCAAGGUGCUAGACUGUGGCCAGAAAGCAGUAUUUGCAGUGAAGGUGGUGCCCAAGGUAAAGGUCCUACAGAGGGACAUCCUGAGGCAGUGCAAAGAGGAGGUUAGCAUCCAGCGACAGAUCAACCAUCCUUUUGUACACUGUUUGGGGGACAGCUGGCAGGGAAAACGGCACCUCUUCAUUAUGUGCAGCUACUGCAGUACAGAUCUGUACUCCCUGUGGUCCUCUGUUGGCUGCUUUGCUGAGGCUUCCAUCCGCCUCUUUGCUGCUGAACUGGUUCUGGUGCUAUGCUAUCUCCAUGAUUUGGGCAUCAUCCAUCGGGAUGUGAAGAUGGAGAAUAUCCUUCUGGAUGAACGAGGCCAUCUGAAACUGACAGACUUUGGUCUGUCCCGCCGCCUGUCCCAGGGAACCCGAGCCUAUACUAUCUGUGGCACUCUUCAGUACAUGGCCCCAGAGGUCCUGAGUGGAGGGCCUUACAACCACGCUGCUGAUUGGUGGUCCUUGGGUGUCUUGCUUUUCUCUCUGGCAACUGGGAAGUUCCCAGUGGCUGCAGAGAGAGAUCAUGUGGCCAUGCUGGCAAGUGUGACCCACUAUGGUUCUGAGAUCCCAGCUUCUCUUAACCAGGGGCUCUCACUCCUGCUCCAUGAGCUCUUAUGCCAGAAUCCCCUCCAGCGUCUGCGUUACUUGCAUCACUUCCAGGUCCACCCUUUCUUUCGGGGUGUGGCCUUUGACCCAGAGCUCCUACAGAAGCAGCCAGUGAACUUUGUCAUGAAGGCGCAAGCUACUCAGCCCAGUCCAUCGGAGUCCAUGAUUUUCAAGGAUUUUGACUGUAACCUGGAGUCCUACCUGGUCCAUCCCAGCCUUGCUUGAGCCCCUCUACUAUAGAUUUGAGCCCAUCUGGGAACCUGAGGAUUUCUUCCACUGCCAACUCAGUACGACCACUUUGAUGAUCUGGUUUGUUUUCAAUCCGUAGCCUCUUACCAUUCUGUUACACUUUUUGGACCAGAGUUCAAAUCUUGGGCAUGCUGCUAUUGGCAGCCACAAUUCCUGACCCCUCCCACCCUCUAAUACAACCCACCUCUCAAUUCAACAUCUCAUAUCAGAGUGUCAACCUUUUCCUUUGCUUCAUUUCUUCAAAGCUCAUACCUGAAGUUUUCAGCCAGAGGCUUAUUCUACUUUUCCUGUUCCUUCCCUCUGCCAUAUUUCCUUUCAUUAUUUAUUCGAGAGGGGAGGGGCACAAGGAG